GUAUUGGUCAUUCCGUCAUAAUUUAAUUCGUUGUUGUAAGGAAAUCAUCAAAGUUUAGAAAUGGUUUUUGAAAUAACUAUCGCACUUAGUGUUAGUUGUCUCCUUAUUAGUGUGUCAGGACACGGUCGUAUGAUAGACCCACCACAGAGAUCGAGUCUUUGGCGAUUUUAUAAAGGACAAGGUUUCGAAGCGAACUACAAUGACAAUGAACUGUUUUGUGGUGGAUUUGCUAGACAAUUUUAUCAAAACGACGGUAAAUGUGGCACAUGUGGCGAUCCAUAUGACGGAGAGCGUAAAAAUGAGGCUGGUGGAAUAUAUGCUACAGGUUUUAUUGCCAGAAGAUACCAGAAAGGUCAAGACAUUGAGGUCGAGAUUCAGCUGACAGCCAACCAUCUUGGAUCCUUCGUGUUUAAAAUUUGUCCGAAUAACGAUAUAACCACUCAAGUGUCACAGGAAUGUUUAGACCAGAACGUCUUAGAGCUAGCAGGACAACCUGGUGAAACUCGGUACGAACCUGGCAGUGUUGUAGGAUCACAUUAUGUCAAACUGGCACUUCCGGCGGAUAUGACAUGUGAACAGUGCGUACUACAAUGGCAUUAUACUGCAGGAAAUAAUCACAAUGGACCACAGGAAACGUUUAUUAACUGUGCUGAUAUAGCCAUUGACGAUGAAGCUAAUCCUAUUAAUCCAACACCAGUUACUUCUAGGCCACCAACGACCAAAGCUUCAACUCAACCACCACCAUCGACUACCACAAAAUUAACAACUAAGAAACCACUAACAACCACAAAAAAACCAACAACCACAUCAGCUCCGUCUACAAGCAAACCGAAAACUAAAGCGCCGUCUACAACAACAACUUCCUUCACCGGUCAUGUGACUUCGUGUAAAGCAGACGAAAUAAUUGAUUGUAUUGGAGUUGGUGUUUAUGCUGGUCUAGGCUAUGAACGGUGGUGCAAUACCUACUGUGGCGAUCAACAAGAUGCAUGUUCUCCUAAUCUUUGUCAGUGUCGCUGUAUACAGAUGGUCACGUGUAAAGCUAUUGGUGGGUAUGAGACAAUACCUGGUAUGGACCAGUAUUGUGAGGAUGCAUGUCAAUAUGGUUGUAAUCAUCUCAGUUCUAUGUGUUCCUGUGACUAGCUUCAAAUCAUGGAUAAAACAUUUUAUCAUAAAAUUUUUUCCAUAAGUUGGAAUUCUCAAUAAACAGGAAAUUAUAAUAUUUGCACUUUCAGAGGUAGCGGUGUAGCACUUUAUGCAAAACAGGCUACAUCACUUGAAUCCAUGUAUCGCUUUUUUACUUACAAAAUAUAAAUUCAUUUCAAAAUA